UAUUCUUAGUAUUUAUGACUAUUUGGUUGUAUUAAGUUUUCCGAUUGAUAAUUAAUAAAUAGAUUAAAAUAGCCUCAAUUAAUCGAAGUAAAUAUUGAGAAGAUUGACAUCAGAUUAUAUUAGAAGACAUUUUGGACUUUCAUUUAAUGAGACGAAGAUGUCAAAAACGGAAUCGAAAGCAUGGGAUAAUGUUGGAGGUGUCGCUUAUUCAAAUUCGCAACAACAGACUGACGAGCGCUAUACUGAAUGGGCGCAGAAAUAUGACAGUGACGUCGAUACCCUGAAAUAUGAAAGUCCACAGAAUCUGGCGACAGAAUUAUUAAAAUAUAUCGAUAACACUCCAUCAACAAACGUUUUGGAUGUUGCGGCAGGCACAGGAAAGGUCGGUGAAGUUUUGAAAAAGCUCGGUUACAAAGGAAUUAUGGACGCAAUAGAUUUCAAUGGUGCGAUGCUGGAAAUAGCAAAGGGAAAAAGUUUAUACAGGAAUCACAUAGAGAUGGGGAUUUAUCCAAAUAAACCAAUUCCAGUGGCUGAUGGACUGUACGAUGCGGCGGUAGGUGCUGGAUCAUUUGGUCCUCAUCAUUUAGCACCUGGAUGUGUUGCGCCAAUCAUUCACAUUUUAAGACAAGGAGGCGUGGCAAUUUUCAAUUGUCGGGCAACUCCCCAGGCAACCGAGUUCAGAAAUGCGCUUGAAAACGAAAUAGAUAAACUAGAGAGAGCUGGAAUGAUUGCCAAAAUUGAAGUGAAAGAAAUGACUCAUUAUGCAGUAGAAUGCCGGGAAACAGGAAAUUCAAUGAUGUCAAAAGUCUAUGUUUAUCGGAGACUGUGAAAAAUUUGUAUCAAAUGAUUUUUCAAUGUUCACCGACCGGUAAUAAAUCGCAUCUGAGUAACUGUUAUUCGGUGAUUGGAAUAAACCUAACAAACUAGAUUUUUGUUAUUGAAUAUGAAGUGUUCUCUGAUGCCAGUGUCCAAUAAAUUACGUUUCGAAAGUA